AUAGCUCCGCUGCCACACUGGUCACUCUGCCGCCUGACAUAACAUCUAUUGACAAAUCAAAAUGUUCUUUAAAUACAAACCGAGAAUAUUGCUCACACAAUUCAACCUACCGCGAUGUUAUGCCACAAAGCAGACACCCCGACCAAAAGACAGCCGUCCUGUUGGUCUGGCCCAUCCGCCAGAUCCGAAGACCGUCAGCUGCGACUACAUAGGUCCACCAGAUUCGCAAUCGAACCUGCGUCCCUACGUAAGGCACUACAAUGACAACGAAACGGCUUUGGCUAAUAAAUUGCGAAUGACGCGAAUCGAAGUAGAGGCUUGGAAUGCGAGUUUCUGGACUAGGCACAACAAACGGUUCUAUGAGACGAAGAAUUACAACAAGUGUCGUUUUCAGGAGAAAGAGGACUUUAUACGACUGCACAAAGAGGCUGGCAACGAGGAAAUUUCAGCCGAUCGCAUGAGCGUGUUCUAUAAAACUUUUUUGGACAAGAAUAGGCGCAUUCAUUUAAUGUAUAACCUUUCGUGGUAUAUGAAAAACUUUGACAUGCUCACAAUGGCGUUUAUGGUGGAGGUUCAAAAUCUUCUAGCGCGUGGAAAGAGACGAACAGGAGUCUAAGCACUCAGAAACUAGUAUUUUGGCCAUUUGUUUGAUUAGCAUAUAAAUAUGUACGUCUGAAGAAAUUUUGAGUAUUUAAGGAGUCAAAUAAAAAAUAUCGAA